AUACCCAUAUACAUCACAUAUCUAUACAUAUACUCUACUGCUAUAUAUAACAAAAGCUGCAGUCACCAAUCGAGCUAAGCUAGCUGCAAUUGGUAGCUAGGGAGAACAGAGAAAGAAGAAGAUACCUUUAGACUUUGGAGUGUCUGUCUGGGGUAGAGAAUGAUGCAGAGGUACACGGCGAGGGAGAUAUGGGACAUGGAGGAGCGCCAGAGCCCGCGCGCCGUAGGGUGCGGCGGCAGCGUCGUCCUCGGCGUCGACGGCGGCGCCAGCAACACCGUCUGCGUCUGCAUCCCGGCCACCGCCGCCAUGGACAUGUCGCCUUUCGCCGAUGACGGCCCACCGCUCCCCAUCCUCGCCCGCGCCGUCGCCGGAUGCUCCAACCAGAACUCCGUCGGAGAGGACAGGGCGAGGGAGACGCUUGAGCGGGUGAUGGCGCAGGCGCUGCACAAGGCUCGCCGGAGACGGUCCAGCGUGGCCGCCGUCUGCUUGGCCGUCGCCGGGGUCAACCACCCCAUCGACCAGCACAGGAUGCUGGACUGGCUCAGUGAGAUUUUCCCAAGUCAUGUGAAGCUGUUUGUGGAAAAUGACGCGGUGGCAGCGUUAGCGAGCGGUACCAUGGGCAAGCUCCAUGGGUGCGUGCUCAUUGCCGGGACAGGGACGAUCGCCUACGGUUUCACCAGCGACGGCAGGGAUGCCCGGGCAGCUGGUGCAGGGCCAGUGCUAGGUGACUGGGGCAGUGGAUAUGGGAUUUCUGCACAGGCAUUGACAGCAGUUAUCAGGGCCUAUGACGGCCGAGGUCCUGAAACGGUGCUUACAAACAACAUCCUUGAUUUCCUUGGACUCGAGUCACCUGACGAAUUAAUAGGUUGGACAUAUGAAGACCAAUCCUGGGCGCGCAUUGCUGACAUUCUCCCUGUGGUGGUAGAAUCUGCCGUUGGCGGCGAUGAAGUAGCAAACAAGAUCUUGCACAAUUCAGUUGGUGAACUGGCUUCCAGUGUCAAGGCUGUUGUACAGAGACUUGCGUUGAGUGGCGAAGAUGGAAAAGAUUUAUUUCCACUUGUUAUGGUUGGCAAAGUUCUUGAGGCAAACAAGAGGUGGGACAUUGGGAAGGAAGUGAUAGAUUGUGUUACCAAGACUUAUCCAGGAGCCUAUCCAAUACACCCCAAGGUGGAACCAGCUGUUGGUGCAGCAUUACUAGCAUGGAAUGCUAUAGCAAGUGAAUUAGAUGAUGAUCUUAGGACUGCUGUUUAGGGUGUCCAACAUUUAAUCUCAUAUCACACUGUUGUAAAUUAUGUUUUUGUUUACAUUAUCACCUAGUGGUUUGCAUUUUUUGUACCAAGUUGCUUUGAACAUGCUCUAAUGUCUUCAAGAAGGUUUAUACCACAAAUGUGUGAAAAGGAGAGAAAGAAUACUAGUUUAGCAAAGUUUUUUAAAUGGAAAAGGUGUAACCAAAAGGAAAUGAAGAUGCUUCUGUUA